UUAGCACGCCCGUCCCAAAACAGCUUCAUCGGUGAAACCAAAACUGAUGAAACUGAUGAAGUCAAAAAGACUUCUUUUACAAAACAGCUUCGCGCUACGGUAUCUUGAUUUGCGUGAAAUAAGAUGAAGUCAAAACUAAAAUAAAUCAUGCCAAAGAGGGCUUAGUCAGGAUUCCGCUACAAGUCGCUGUGGGAGCCGAGCGGGAACCCUGCCAAAGGCCCCCAUAGUCGAGGCAUACAGGAUACUAGACUGUAGACACUGCUAACCAGCAAAACGGAAAAAAAUUGGGCCCUGUUGACUUGACCCCGAGUAGUCGACACGGUUUUCCUUCCCUGUUGACGAGUAGAACUUGCAUUAAUUCCUUUUCCCUGCAUCGCCAUCGCCAUCGCCAUCGCCGUGCCUAUCACCUCACCAGGCCCAGGAAGCAACAUGGCAAACCCAGAGUAUAGUGGCCAGAGCACGAGUAUUCUGUCUUUGUUGCAAUUGGACAGUAGUUUCUGGGGGAAAUGAGUAGUGAUUGGUAGUGAGUGUAACUCAUGCUCGGAGCAGAGUAGAGCGGAGUUGCCGCAGCCGGCUAACACAAGACCGACAGCUAUCUCGAUUGCUGGGUGCAGGAAGCUAGCAGAGGUGAGAACGAAGAAUCGAUCAAUUCAUUUGACUGCUGCUUGCACGGACAGGUUGAGAGAGCUUUACCGAUCGACCAUAAUGUGAUCUUGAGUUCAGUUCAGUCUCGCGUGUGUAUUCCACGUAAUUACAGAGAUCGAUGGCUGAUCCGGUGGCCAGCGUUGAGAAGAUCGUCAAGAUCGGGCUCAAGAUCAAGCAGGCAGUGGACACGGUUCGCAAGAACAAGGAGGUUUGCCUAGAGAUCAGGAAGCGGGUGCUCAGGUUCAGCGACAUCCUGUCGCAGUUGCAGCAGACGGGGAUGCUAAACAACAACCCGGCCAUGAGUGGCCCCCUGGAGGAUCUUGAGGAGACGCUCGAACGCGGCCUCGAGCUCGUCACGUCCUGCCAGGAGAGACGAAGCACCAUCCGCCGCUUCAUCACGGCCGGGGACCUGUCCAAGCAGCUGCGCGAAGUGAAGGAUGACAUCCUGAACAAAGUGAUGCUGGCGUCCUUCGCCAUCAACACCAAUAGCACCAUUAUGUUGUUCACCAUUCAUACUGGUAUUCGUCCUGAUCCGCUACGGCAACCAGAGGAAAGUGGUCUGAUGGAGAUAUCCCAUGACAAUCAUUCAUCUGAGGAUAUUAGAUCUGAACAGAACGGUGAGGAAAAUAGCGUACCAGGAGGAUCUGAGGCCCUGCUUCCUCCCUUAGCAGCAAUAACCUUAAGAGAGUUUGGGUUGUCUGAGUUGAAGGCCGCUACCAAUGGAUUUUCAGACAGCAAUAUCAUCGGCCGAGGUGGCAUAGCUACUGUCUACAAGGGUGUAUUAGAUGACCAGAGUGUGAUUGCCAUCAAGAAAUUCCGUUGGGCACCUCGCUUGGGUUGGGCGCACACCUACGAGCAACUUCUUCUUGCUUCAAAGCUUCAGCACAAGAAUGUAGUGCAAGUUCUGGGAUACUCCCACGAGAAUGGAGCUGUUAAGGACAGAGAAUAUAUCUGGGUCGAGGAAUAUGUUCCAAUGGGAACCUUGCACGAGAUUAUUCAUUGCAAAGAGCCCCGAUUUGAUUGGUCCUCCCUCAUCCGGAUAAUUGAGGGCAUAGCUCAGGGCGUAAGGUACCUACAUGAGCAACGUGUUGUCCAUUUGGACCUGAAACCAACAAACAUCGUCUUGGAUUCCCACAUGAAUCCUAAGAUUACUGAUUUUGAAGUAGCGAAAGUAUUGAAUGGUAAUCAAUUGGAGGGCGAGAUCAUCACAGCAGGCACAUUUCAAUAUAUAGCUCCAGAAUAUCUGACAGACGGUGUUGUGUCAAUGAUGAACGAUGUGUACGGUUUUGGCGUCACCCUCCUUGAGACUGUAAGUGGAAUCCGAAGACGACAUAACCAACCAAGAGAAUUCCAUCUACACCGAUGGGCUUGGAAGGCUCUCGAAGGUCGACGGAAGUUUGAUCCGGCACUGUUUGCCGAGCCUCAGCUAGUGGAGAUAAAAAGGUGCAUACAGAUAGGCCUGCUGUGCGCUCAGCAUGAGUCGGCAGACCGCCCCACCAUGGAAGAUGUUCUUCUGAUGCUCAAUGGCGAGAAAGAACUGCCGACACCAGAGAAACCAGCGUACAUCAAAUCGACUGCCUAGCUUGUAUGGCUCUGCAUCCACCGUGCAUCAUUCAUCUAUAACUCUAUCCAAUCUUUCGAUGCGUUGGUGAGAAUACGGCUGAGAGAUUACUUCUGAACUCGAUCUGCUAUCGAUCCAUCAGUCUGCUUGUAACUAGGAUGGAUACAAUUUUGAAUCUUCUUGCUUUCGUUUUGUGCAUAUAGGGGGUGAUUGGUAGCCCAGCUCGCACCAUCCCGGUCCGCACGGUGCAGGUUAGCUUUGAUUGGUUGCUAGGGCUGCAUAUUUUUGCUGCAUGGCCUCGUUUGGAUUCCCCCUUCCAUUCCGGCCAGCAUUGUACGCAAAAUUUGGCCUUCCCUCACCAGCUAGGAUGAGAUGAUACAAGCAGGACAAUAGGCUCCACUUGCAACCACACAAAGCAGCCUUUCAUGAAGCCAACCAAUCAACAACUCUUUCCAUUCUAGCUCAGGCUAUACGCAACCCAAUCAAGUCUGCAUGUACGCUUCUGUGCUGGACAUGAUGAGUCUGAAUCUCGUCACCAUUCUGGACCUCUCCUUGAACUGCAACCAAUCACGCUCAUAAUGUACUGAUUGAGUGUA